AUGGCAGACAUAUAUGGGAAAGAUUUUCUUGCAGUCGACAUCAUAUUUGAAAACACAGCAGGAGCAGCCAACCAGCAGGCCGUGGCACUAAAAAGUGAAGCACGGUCUAUAUUCUAUCGGUGUAGGUUCUUGGGAUACCAAGAUACCUUGAUUUUCGCUUGUGAACCACUUCUUGCACAGUCAAACACAAUUAUAGCUCAAGGAAGAGAAAGUUCCGAUGAAGGAGGAGGGACAAUCUUUCAUAACUGCACCAUUCUAGCUGCCGGUGGCUUACAAGGGUCUGUAAAGACUUACUUUGGAAGACCAUGGAGAUUCUACUCCAGGGUCGUUAUUAUGCAGUCAGAGAUUCAUCCACUUAUCGAUCCACAAGGGUGGAUGAAGUGUGAUGACGCUAGUCCCCUGGAUAAACUGUUUUAUGCAGAGUAUGAUAAUAGAGGCGCUAGUGCAGACACCUCUAGGAGAGUCACAUGGCCAGGACGGGUAUUGUUGAAUACUACUGCUCAGGCUAAUUAUUAUACCGUUAGGAAUUUUAUCAGCGGAGAAAAAUGGAUUCCUGUUACAGUUCCACGUUUUCUAGAUCUAAUAUGA